UCUACUGUGUGGUUACUCGAUGUUAAUUUAACUAUUUAGAAUGCUAGUUUGCUAGUUAUACAGCUCAUAGGAGUUUCUGUGGUUACGUUUGGACAGAUUUAUCAAUGUUACCAAAUUAGUUAUUCAUUUGUCCAGCACAUAUUCACCAUGGCUUCAAAGACUAAGGCUAAAGCCUCUGAAAGCUUAUUUGGAGAUGAUGAUGAUCUGCUUGACAGCCUAUUUGAUAAUAGAAAACAACCAGUUCGCUCAAAAGGAAUACGUGCUGGACCGCAAAAUCACUCAUUUGCCAGUGAUAACUUGUUCAGCAGGAUGGCAGAGGAGGUAAAGCAAGAUGGUUUGGACUUUGAGGACUCAGAUGUCUCAGGAGCUGAUCCCAGUGACAUCCUGAAGGACAUGAAGAACAUGGACGACAUGGAGGCAGACCUUUUUACAUCAGAGAAAAAGCCCAGCUCAGCUCCUGCACAAACAAAGCCACUUGGUAAUCAAGGUCCAAAGAAGGAUCCCACUGUGUUUGAAAAGAAUGCAAAUCCUGAAGGAGCAGAUAAACCCUCAGAAGGAGGGAAGAAGCCAAACUCGCCACCUCCAUCCACAACUCGUAGCUACAAGAAGUUUACAUUUUCCGACGAUCCUCUGGAUGAUCUGCUUCCUGAUGAAACCAAACCUCAACCAAAAUCGAGGCAGACCACACACGAAAAACCUGUGUCAUCUGCUUCAGCAUCUCCAAUCCUGAAGCAGGAAUCAAAAAAGGCAACAAAAAAAGGCGUGCUCAGUUUUAAUGAAGAUCCGGAUGACCUGAUGGAUGCGCUCGGAUUUGACAGUGAUAACAACAAUCCAAAGAAAAAAGAAAGUCCACUUUGGUCUAACAAGGAGAGGAGCGACGUCCCUCAGAGACCACGUACUAAAAUCAACGAUAUCCUCGAGAGUUUCACUUCACCGCGACUCCUGGAGCGACCGCCCACAGGCGAGAUGAAGGAGCAGCUUCAGUCUCAAGAGAAGCAGCAGGAGAGGAUUUCCACAGCUAAAGAAGAUGAGCUCACGUUUGGGUCUUAUCAGCCCACUCUGGGGUCCACUCCGGAGGGACGCCAGUCCCGCAGACAGUCCGUAAGGUUUUCUACGGACGAUGUCAGCGCUUCUACCUCAGACACAAAACCAAAACCCUCCGUCUCCCUUCGACAUCGCAACUCGGCCGACUGGCUUGGCCUCAAGGUGAAUGACGAGCCCAGCUAUAUAGAAGAUGGUCCCAAAAAGAUGAGAAGUGCAGAAGAUUCCCCGAAGAUCCCCUCCUCUCCCCUGUUAGAGAAAAAAUCCUCUUUCAAUGGAAGUCAGUCCACGUCCGUUGCAAAAAUGCCAGCAGACGACCAGGCUGACACCAAACCAACCCAGUCUGAGGGUCAGAGAGUCCAGCCGGAGGAGGAAGAGGAUGACUGGUUAGCUGGAGCACUGAGCAGGAAGAAAGCUCUGGCCCUGUCAAACACGGAGGCAAGAACUUCCAAGCAGGACAAACCAUCAGUUGUAAGUAUUCAAGACAUUUCACAAACUCCUAGUGGCAAAGAAGAAACUUUCCCAUCAAUCAAGGAGCUACGCCCUGCAGCUCACUCCACCCCUGUCAGAGAGGAGCAGCCAAACAAAGAUCCCAUUCCUUCUUUAACCUCAGCUCCACCUCAGUCUCUUUAUACUGCUAUCGAAUCCACUCCCACGGUUCAGCAUGACCUUCUUCCUUCUUUAACAUCAUCCCGACCAAACCCUCCCCGUCCCCAAGUAGACUCUGAACAAACUCUUAGUUUGUUUCAUCCCUCAGAUUCCCCCGGUCAGGUCACUCGUCCCCCACCAGCCUCUGUUUCUGCCAUUAGUCCGUCCCAACCCCACCCUUUUCCAUCCAGUAACGGAUCCGUGGGGCUAAAGGAGGCCAGUCAAGCUGCAAAUGAAACCCUGCAACAACCGUCGUUUCCGGGCGCUUGGCCUCCUAUGCCGCCUGGCACAUUCUGGCUUCCGCAACAAAGCCUGAUGCAGAACACAUCAGUUCCUCUUCAACAACAGGUGGCUUUUACAACAGACAAUCUGCAGCAGCUGUUACAACAACAGCAGACUCUGUUGCCGGGUCCCCGAGGUGUUUGUGACGCAGCGACCCUGCAGAAACUUAAAGAACAAUCUGAGGAUUAUCAAAGUUUGCAGGCUCGCAUCAUGGAGUUGGAAGGACAAGUGAAGACACUGAAGCUGGAGCGAGACCAAAGCCAAAUGAUGCUGGAGAACAUCCAGCACAGGCAUAAACAGGACAUGGAGUUCAUGGAGAGCACGCACAAGGCUCGAGUGAAGCUGUUGGAAGAGGCAGCAGCCCAGAGGGAGAACCGAUUGCGCCUCGAGUGUGAAGACCUAAUGGAACGGCUGGCCACAUUAACACGAUCAGCUGAGGAGGAGCGCUCGGCGCUGCAGGCUCAGUACCAUCGGAAAGUGGCACAAGCCCAGCAGGACAGAGACCAGGAGGUGGAGAGACUUCGAGAUCUCCAGAGAAAAUCCAUCCUGGAGAUGAAGAAAGACCAUGAAGAUCAGAUCCAGAGGCUGAAGAGACUAAAGGAAGAGGAGAUCGAUGCCGUCACGAGUGCAACAACUCAGACAAGGUCUCUCGCAGGAGUGAUUGAGCAGAUGGAGCACUUCUCCUCUCGGCUCGGAGAGCUCUCUUCUCGGGUGGAGAGCACACACCAGCACACCACUCACGGCCUGGAGCAAGGAGCACGGCACAGAGAUGAGCAGCUUCAAACAAUGCAGGACCGUCUGGCCCGACAACAGAAGGCCAUGGACGAGGAGAAAGCAUACCUCAAGGAAAUUAUUUCCAGGAUGGACAGUCAGCUCAAUGAACAACAGAGGCAGCUGGAGAAGGAACGCUGGAAGGUGACAGCGGAGACGGCCAAAGCAGAGUCGCUUCAGCGAGGCCUGGAGGAGGAGCGGCGGGUCCUCAACAUGCAGAGCAGCAUGGAGAGAGAGGAGCUGGAGCGGGCCAAGAGCACGUUGCUGGACGAGCAGAAGUUAGUGAUGCAGCAUUGUGCCGAGGAGAGGAGGAAGCUGGCAGCCGAGUGGAACCACUUCCACGCCCAGGAGAAGCACCGGCACGAGAGGGCCGAGCGAGAGGUUAACAGUCUCUUGGAGAGGAGAGAAGGCUCCAUCAUCUCUCUGGCACAGGAACAGGCUGACCUGAAGCUUCACACGGCAGAGCUGAAACAGAAGGAGAUGGCGGUGGCACAGGAGCGAGAGACUCUGGACAGACGAAAAGAGGAGCUGGAGAGAGAGAAGGAGAAAAUAAGCAGCACAGCUCUGAGACUCAAGACCCGGGCCCAGGAGGUGGAGGCCUUCAGCAAGCUCGCUGCAGAGAAGUAUGAGGAAGGAGAACAGGCGCUGCAGGAGUCAAAAGGUGUGGAAGCCACGCAUGAGGCACGGCUGAGAAAUAUUCAGUCUCAAACGGAGCACCUGAGACAGCAGGAGCAACGUAUCCUGAAGGAGCGAAUGCAGUUGAGUCAUCACCAGCAGGACACAGAAAUGCUGAGACAAAACUCUUCCAGCUCACCUUUACCUGUUUUCCCCACAGCUCCAGUGUUACCUGACCCAGAGCUGACAUCAACCCCAAAUAUCCUCCCUAAUUAUUUGGGCAACUCCCAGUCCAUGGCGCUUGAGGCCAGUCUGGCUCUGUGGAGGUACACGGCCCAAAAGGACCAUGAAUUUCUUGAAGAAGAGAAAAUCUUUCUCGAAAAUCUGAAGAAGAAAUCUUACCGAUUGACCAAAGACUGACCACCAGCUGCUGCACUCUGGAUUUAUAUUACUUCUCACACGCUGUACACUUUAAAG